CAAGUCGGUCAUUCUCUCACCUAGCUCAAUCGAAAAAGAUGCAGCGAGAUGGAAGAAGAGAAGGAGUUUCUUAUUAUCUCUGGUUGCCUUUCAAGUUCAUUCACCAAACUCUCCGAUCUCUCUUACUCAAGCUUUUCGGUCUGCGUUCUCCUUCUCGCCAUACUGCAGCUUCUCUGGAAGAGGAGGUAGAAGUUGAGGUUGUGCAAGUGACAUCGAGGGGACUUCCACCAAAGAAGCUGCAGCAGAAGCCGAGAGGCAGUUCCGGCAAGCCAGGAAGUAUCAACAAGAAGCCUCGCUAAGUAUAAUAUAAUUUACGGAUAAAUUAUUGUUUACAUUUUCUUCUAAUUAGUGUAAGGAAAUGUGUUGAUGUUAAUUCUCGAAGAUUGCAAGUUGUUGUAAAAUAACUUAUUAAUUUAUAGUGUCGAAAAAUUUAAAUAAGAACGAAAAUUUCUCC